UUUCCCUUUUGUACUUAUUUAUACUCCAUUUUAUAUCACUCUCACGACCAAACUAACUCCACGCAUGAGUUAGCCUAACCCAAUCCCAACCACAAGCCCAACUCGCUCACUCAAUCUAUAAAUUUUCCUUCUCUUGCUGCCUUCUCACCCUAUUAUCGCUCCCUUCUCAUUUUUCACAUUCUUGCCUCUCUUCCUCCAUACCUUAAACAUUCUUCCCUAAUCAAUGUAAACUCUUUUUUUUACUCAAACAAAAAAUCAUGAGUUGCAAUGGUUGCCGAGUUCUUCGAAAGGGAUGCAGUGAAUCUUGCAUUUUACGGCCUUGUCUUCAAUGGAUUGACACCCCUGAAUCUCAAGGCCACGCUACCGUUUUCGUCGCUAAAUUCUUCGGCCGCGCUGGUCUCAUGUCCUUCAUCUCCAACGUCCCCCAACCUAAACGCCCUGCGUUAUUCCAGUCUCUUCUAUAUGAAGCAUGCGGCCGUACUGUAAAUCCUGUGAGCGGCGCCGUAGGGUUGCUCUGGACCGGAAACUGGCACCUUUGUCAAGCUGCUGUUGAGACAGUUCUUCGUGGUGGAACCCUAAGACCAAUCUCUGAGUUUCUUGUCGGAGCUCCGGCGUCUCCAUUUCUGAUGACUGCUGAGGUGGACGAUAACUCCGACUUUGUUUGUCCCUCUAUAGCGGCCAAAGCCGACUCGCGGCGGAAGCAGAUUGGUACAACCAAAAUUCAUUCAUCAGAGUUCUCUCCUCCUUGUAGAUUUACCGACAGUAAACGAAUAAAGGAGGUAGACGAUGAUUAUCAUGCGAGACACCUUGAUCUUAGUCUUACACCACCGACUUUUAUUCACCCACCGCCGCCUCAACGGCCUGGAACUCCGUCGUUAAAUUCUGAAGAAUCGGCCACCACCGUUAGUUUUGAGAGCGACGACUACGAUCAGCAUAAAACUUUGAAAUUAUUCGUUUAAGGUUAAUCUUCGGGUAAAACGCAGCGUUUUGGUAUUUUCAAAGAUCAACCUAACUUAGAUCUACUAAUUCUAUCCUUUUAAGCAGUGGGGGAGGGGAAACUACACCUUUUUUGAAUAAUUUAUUCCAAAUUAAUAAAUGGGGUUAUUUUUGGAAUUAAAUUUCCGGGGAAAGUAUUUUAAAUGAUGAUCGGCAGCAAAGAUUUCUGACCCCUAAAUGCGGGGAAAGGAAGAUGAAUGCUUGCGGCGUCUAUUUUGUUUGUUUUUCUUUUUAUUUUUUAUUUUUUGGAAUUUUCAUAUGCUUGUCUCUCUUUUUGACAAUAUGUGACUACGUGUAAUAUGGAGUACAGUUUAUUAUUCUUUUGAAAUUAGUAAAUUUCUAUUUUUGACUUA